CAGCUGGUCCAAAGAAAACCUCAAACACACAAGGCCAAAGCCAAAUGACUCUCUCAAAACUCGAACAACCAUCACCGCCACAAGAACCACCGUCGCCAUCCCACUAUUACACUGCUUUAUCACCUCAAUCUCCUGAUGAGAGCCACGUCGUUUUGCGCUACUACUCCACGGGAGGACGGCUCUGCUGGUACGGCUGUCGGAGACUAUGCACCGGCACGGCUUCCUUGGUCUUGUUGGUUACCUUGGUGUACAUUUUCUGGCCCACCGAUCCAACCAUUAAAAUCGUAAGGAUGCACGUGAAACACAUGAAAAUCCAUACCGUACCCAUCAUUUCGUUGGAUGUAUCUAUGCUGAUUACGUUGAAAGUGAGGAAUUCCGACGUGUACUCCAUGGACGUCACCAGCUUGGAUGUCGCCGUCGGGUACAGAGGUAAGAUGCUGGGACACGUGACGUGGGAGCAUGGUCAUGUGAGGGCGAUGGGGUCCUCUUACGUGGAGACCCGGCUUGAGCUUAAGGGGGUAGAGGUGUUGUCGGAUGUUGUGUAUUUGCUGGAGGAUUUUGCCAAAGGAACUGUCCCGUUUGAUACUGUUACGGAAGUCACCGGCUCGCUCGGUCUGUCAUUAUUUAAGUUCCCUUUGAAGGCAAAAGUCUUGUGCGAGAUCGUGGUACACACAAUUAAUCAGACCGUUAUUCGUCAAAACUGUUACCCACAGGCUGUUUAUUUCUGGAAAAUUUUGAUGUCGUGCUCCGUUUGUUUUCGUAUUUCUAGAAAUGAAGUUGGAAGCGAUGAUGCCAACGCAAAUGCAUUGGGUUGAGUUGGAUUGGAUCGCAAGAGACGUGUGAAAGCUGAAAGAUUCACGAGUGUCCCAGAACCAUAUUUGCAUAUAGAUCUUGAAACAGGAUUUUGUAAAGCAUUUCAUGAUAUUAAAUAAUAUAGACGAAUUUAUCAAUAUGUUUC